AUGCCGCCAGCCGGAUCGUCCGCCAAGAAACCGUCGUUGAAGCAGCUUAUAGCUAGGCUUAUGGAGUCACAGUCUUUGCUGCAGGACAUUUGGGAAUUCAUCGAGAACUUCAAGGAGGAUACGAAGCUUUCUCAGGUGGAAGUCCGACUUGAGAAGUUGGAGAACAUUUGGGAUAAAUUUUCGGAAACGUUAGUCGAGAUCAAGUCCCAUGACGACUACAAGCAAGACGAGACUUAUGACAAGGAAAGGCGGGAGUUCAACAACCGGUUUUAUGAGGCUAAGUCUUUUCUCGUUGAUCAAGCGAAGGAAAGAAAGGAACCUUUGCUGCUAGACCAGAGUGUGCGGACACAUGACACUUCUGUGCAGGGUGCGCUGGACAACGUUCGCUUGCCCCAAAUCAAGCUACAAAGUUUCAACGGAGACAUCGACGAAUGGUUGAGUUUCCGAGACCUCUUCACCUCGCUCAUCCAUUGGAAGCCGGACCUGCCAGAAGUGGAAAAGUUCCAUUACUUAAAAGGAUGCCUUCAAGGGGAACCACGGAGCCUGAUCGAUCCGCUACAGGUAACCAAGGCAAACUAUCAAGUAGCAUGGGAUAUGCUACUGAAACGUUACAACAACAGCAAGCAGUUGAAGAAACGGCAGAUUCAAUCGCUGCUAUCAUUGCCAUCGCUUUCCAAGGAAUCCAUUGGGGAACUACAUUCGCUGUUGGAAGGUUUUGAGCGAAUUGUUCGAACUCUCGACCAGGUUGUCCAGCCAGCGGAGUACAAGGACUUACUGCUGGUGAAUAUUCUUACGUCACGCUUGGAUCCAGUGACACGGAGGGGAUGGGAAGAGUUUUCAUCGUCCAAAGAAACCGAUUCUCUAGAUGAACUGAGAGAGUUUCUCAACCGGCGAGUACACGUUCUGAAGUCAAUGCCAGCCAAAUCGAUGGACACUAGGGGUGUUCAGCAACCACCAGCGAAACAGAAGCCAUCCGUUUCACGAACAAGUUUUACUUCGGCUCAAGCGUCCGGGGGGCGCUGCAUAGCUUGUUCGGGAAAUCAUCCGCUGUUCCAGUGCAAUUCUUUCCAACGGUUAUCGGUCUCAGACAGCCUGCUGAGAACUGCCGAAACUGCUUCAGGCCGGGGCAUUUGGCGCGGGAAUGCCAACUUGUGCAGGAACUGCAAGGGUCGUCAUCACACCUUGGUUUGCUUUAAGCCAGAAAGGGGUGGUGAAGGCAAGAUCACAGCGGUUGCAAAGGGCAACAUUCCAUCUUCCAACAAGGAAGGGCAAGGGGCUCCAAAUCUAAAUUCGUCUCAAAUGGCUAAUACGGCAGCCACGAAUACAACGGUUUCAAAUGCGGCACAGCAAUACUCCUCUCAAGUCUUGCUGGCUACAGCAAUCAUCGUUAUGGUGGACAACAAUGGUAACCAGCACCUGGCACGUGCUCUUCUGGAUUCCGGCUCCGAGAGCAAUUUUUUAACAGAACGGUUGUGCCAGCGUAUGAAAGUGACUCGAAAUAAGGUGGAUAUUUCGGUCCUUGGCAUCGGACAAGCUUCAACAAGGGUUAAGCAACGGGUUCGAGCUAUGGUGCGCUCGCGAGUCUCCCCAUUCUCGCGAGAGCUGGACUUCCUUAUCUUACCAAAGGUAACAGUAAACCUUCCGACGAUUUCGGUCAAAAUUGAUGGCUGGUCAAUUCCAAGUGGGAUCGAAUUGGCGGAUCCUGCCUUUUUUGAGUCUAAGGAAGUGGACAUCGUGCUCGGGAUUGAGUCGUUCUUCGACUUCUUUGAGACAGGCAGACGGAUUUCAUUAGGGGAACAGCUACCAACACUCAACGACUCGGUAUUUGGAUGGGUCGUUUGUGGAGGCACGUCAAUUGCUUCAAAUUCUCUACAACUAAGCUGCAAUAUUUCAACCUCCGAAGGUCUGGACUUGCUUUUGGAGCGUUUUUGGCAAUGUGAAGAACUUGGUUCGGAAAAGGCAUAUUCUAUGGAGGAGCGAUACUGUGAGGAGCAAUACCAGCACACAGUUCAUCGUGAGCAGGACGGUCGGUACACCGUUACACUGCCAAAGAACGAAGAUAUUCAUCCGAGCUUGGGCGAAUCGUGGGCCAUCGCCAACCGACGGCUUCAGGGAACAGAGCGCAGAUUGGCACGAGAUUCCAAUUUACGAGAACAAUACAUCGCAUUCAUGAAUGAAUAUCUCGCCAUGGGUCAUAUGAGGAAAAUUGACCAGGCUACUCAGGCAACGGUCCAACGAUGCUAUUUGCCGCAUCAUUCGGUGGUUAAAGAGGCAUCAACCACCACCAAGGUACGAGUAGUGUUUGACGCUUCCUGCAAGACGGCGUCGGGAGUCUCACUGAAUGAUGUUUUGCUGGUGGGGCCAGUGAUUCAAGAGGACUUGAGGUCCAUAAUUUUGCGAAGCCGUACUCGACAAAUUAUGUUGGUGUCUGAUGUGGAAAAAAUGUUCCGUCAAAUCAAUAUUUGCGAAGCAGAUAGACCACUCCAAUGUAUUCUGUGGAGAUCUUCACCGAUUGAGAAAGUUGGGGCAUAUGAGCUCAACACCGUGACGUAUGGAACUAAGCUAGCUCCUUUUCUAGCAACACGUACGGUCAAGCAACUAGCCCAAGAUGAGAAAACCCGGUUCCCAUUAGCAGCACGGGCUGCUGAAGAAGAUGUGUACAUGGACGAUAUCAUCACGGGAGCGGACGACGUUGCUACGGCUGCUAUUCUCCAAAGGCAACUUAACGAAAUGAUGGCUAGUGGCGGAUUCCGGCUUAGAAAAUGGGCUUCUAACAAUACUAAGAUACUGGAAGGUGUUGCUCCUGAGGAUCUGGCAAUCCCACUGUCUGUUGAGGUCAAUCUUGGUUUCGAUUCCUCAGUGAAAACCCUAGGGCUGACCUGGGUUCCAGAGACAGAUGUCUUAAGAUUCCAAUUUAAAAUCCCCCCAGAGGACGAAUAUAAAGAAUAUACAAAACGCCAAGUUUUGUCAAUAAUCGCUACACUGUUCGAUCCAUUAGGGCUACUGGGAGCCGCGAUUACAACUGCAAAGAUAUUUAUGCAGUAUCUGUGGUCAGUUCAGGACAAAAAUGAUCAAAAACUCGACUGGGAUCAACCACUCCCUUCCACGGUGGGUGAGGCUUGGAAGAAGCUUCACCGGCAAUUGCCGACGUUCAAUCUGAUCACAAUAGAUCGCUGCGUCAUCAUUCCUGGAGCGAAAUCUGUCGAAAUACAUUGCUUCUCGGACGCGUCAGAGAAAGCUUUCGGAGCAUGUGUUUAUGUAAGGAGUGAGAAUGUCGAUGGAGCGGUAUUAGUCCGGCUUCUAACCUCAAAGUCACGUGUAGCACCCUUGAAAUGUCAAUCGAUUCCGCGGCUAGAACUGUGUGGAGCACUACUAGCAGCUCAGCUCUACGAGAAGGUUCAAUCUUCCCUAAAAUCUACGAUGACCAUCUACUUUUGGACCGAUUCGACUUGCGUACUACGUUGGAUUGGAGCUACUCCCACGAUGUGGACUACAUACGUGGCAAACCGAGUGGCGAAGAUACAAACUAUCACCGAAAAGGGUCACUGGAGGCACGUACCAGGUGUGGACAAUCCGGCUGAUCUCAUAUCCAGGGGAAUUCCGCCAGCAGAAAUCGUGGAAAACCGAUUCUGGUGGCAGGGUCCAACGUGGUUGGAACUACGAUCAGAAUUUUGGCCAAAAGCACCUACAAGUUUUGGAGAGGAAGGAGAGGAAGAAAAACGUCGGAUGGUAGUUGCAAGCUCAGCGUCACCAUAUUCGGAGUUCAAUGACCAAUAUAUUGCAAGGUUUGCAUCAUACACCGACAUGAUCCGUCGGACUGCAUAUUGGCUGCGUUUGAUGAAAUUACUUCGCAAACCAAGGGAAGAGAGGAAGGAUGGGUCGUUCUUGUCCACCGCAGAACUGCGACAAGCGGAAAACGUAUUGGUUAGAAGAGUUCAAAAUGAGGUCUUCGGUAGAGAAUGGAAGGCGAUCAUCAAUAAAACCGUUUUACCAUCUAAUUCACCUCUACGGUGGUAUAAUCCGCUUCUUUCAAAGGAUGGAAUCAUGAGAGUCGGUGGUCGUUUGAAUAAAUCCCAAGAAGCUGAAGAGAGCAAACAUCCCAUUCCAUUACCACCUCGACACUCUUUUACUCGUUUGAUGUUAAAGCAUUACCACGAAAGGCUUCUACAUGCUGGUUCACAGCUUAUGCUGGCUGUAGUCAGACUACGAUUCUUGCCGCUAGGAGGGAGAAGUGUUACCAGGCAAAUUGUUCACGAAUGCUUGAAAUGCUACCGUUCAAAACCAACUGCCAUUCAGCAGUUCAUGGGCGAUCUACCAGCGUCUCGAGUGACGGUUGCAAGGCCAUUUUCCCGGACAGGCGUGGAUUUUUUUGGACCCGUCUACAUCCGUCCAGCCCUACGACGACCCACAGUAAAAGCCUACGUCGCCCUCUUCAUUUGCAUGUGUACCAAGGCGGUGCACCUGGAGUUGGUCACAGAUUUGUCCACUGAACGUUUUCUCCAAGCUCUACGUCGGUUUGUGUCAAGGAGAGGAAAAUGCAGCGAUAUUUAUUCCGACAACGGCACCAACUUUGUAGGAGCCAGAAAUAAGUUGCAGGAGUUUUUUAAACUGCUGAAGGAUCCAACUCACAGGAUGGUAUACAGUGGCUGUUUAAGCCACCCAGUGCACCACACUUUGGGGGCCUCUGGGAGGCCGCAGUUCGUUCGGCGAAGAAGCAUCUCUUGA